UAGCGGUUUACUUCCAAAACAAACAUGGAGCAGAAGUAACAUUUGGAACAAUCCGUCAAUCCACACAAGUGAAGUUAGAGUAUGCAAUGCAUGUAUUAGAUGGCAGCAAUGGAAACAAAACAAAGCCGUGCUGCGCACAGGAAAAGAGAUCAAUUAAAUAAUGAUGAUAAUAAUCCUUGUCUGAAGGAGCAAGAAAUGUCACUCAAAUGCUUAGGUGCCAACAAUUAUGACAAAGACGCAUGCAGUAAGCAUUUUGACAACUACAAUGCAUGCAAGAAAUUCUGGGAUGCUGUUAGAUCAGAUAGAAGAGUGAAAGGGAUUGUUCCUUAUUUACCACCAGCAGAAGAAAGGGAAAAAGUUAAAGAAGAAUACAUUGCGACUCUAAGGAGAUAGUAAAGUUGUAGCUGUAUAGUUAAUUGUAAUAAAUAUCAUAUUUUAUAUUAUCUAAAA